AUGUCUGACGCCGAUCUCGAAGCCGUCCGGCGACUCCAAGCGGAGCGCAAUGCUGCCGCUGCUGGAAAGAAAGGUUCCGGGGCCUUUGAUUCGUCUAGUCAGCGAACUGACAAUUCAACCAAGGCCUCCCUUACCGAAUCCUUCGAUACCACUUUAUACGAACGGGACGGAGCAGACAAGUUCUCAGGCUACGAUACCUCUAUCGCCGUGACUGGCGAUGAUGAAGAGAUGGAAGACGCGAACGGAGGCCAUAAUCUGGUCGGCCAAUACACUGCAACCCGAAAUCAGAUCGAUGAGAUGGCUCACGGCAAUGGAGUCGAGGAGGAGGACAUCAUGUUGGGCCGUGAGAAGGCUGCACGUAUUGCUGACCGGGAAACUGACUAUCAAAAGCGCCGAUUCGACCGAGGCACUCUGACACCAACGCGCGCGGAUCCUUUUGCCAACGGAAAUGUCGAAGGGGAUGGCCAGACCUACCGUGAGGUCAUGGCCCUUCGCGAACUCGAGAAGGAAGAAGAGCGAGUUCAAAAGCUGCUUGCCGAAAAGCGAGAACGUGGGGAAGAUGUCCCCGAGCACCAGGCUUCUCUCAAGAUGACUGAGGAUGACAAGGAGAGUACCGAAGACGGUGCAGCUGGCAAAAAGCGCAAGAAGCGUUGGGACGUGGCAUCACAACCCAAUGGAGAAGAAGCCAACGAACCCGUUGAAGUGAAGAGCAAGCGGUCUCGGUGGGAUCAAACUCCUGUACCCGGUGCGCCAGAAGAAGCCCCCAAGCGCCGCUCACGAUGGGAUCAAGCGCCUUCUCUUACCGAUGCCACUCCUGUUGGCAACCAAGGUCUUGCUACUCCCAUGCAUCCGUCUCAGGGUGGUGCUAUGCCAUCCAACGGCUUCGGAACUGAUCUUUCUGGUCGAAACACCGCAUGGACAGAUGAAGAACUGGAUAUGAUGCUACCCACAGAGGGCUACAAGAUUUUGGACCCUCCUCCAGGAUAUGAGCCGAUCAGAAACCCCGCCCGCAAGAUGAUGGCCACACCAGCACCUAUGGCAGGCACCGUUGGUGGCUUCAUGAUGCAAGAACCCGAGAGUAUUCGUUCUAUGGGCAAAGAGCUUCCGACUGAUAUUCCCGGCGUGGGUGAUUUGCAAUUCUUCAAGCCUGAGGAUAUGGCCUACUUCGGAAAGCUUAUGGAGGCUGGAGAUGACAGCACCAUGAGUGUGGAGGAGUUGAAAGAGCGAAAGAUUAUGCGAUUGUUGCUCAAGGUCAAGAACGGUACACCACCUAUGCGAAAGACUGCGCUGCGUCAACUUACAGACAAUGCACGAAACUUUGGAGCUGGUGCCUUGUUCAACCAAAUUCUUCCGUUGCUCAUGGAGAAGUCUUUGGAGGACCAAGAACGUCACUUGCUCGUCAAGGUUAUUGAUCGAGUGCUCUACAAACUGGAUGAUUUGGUCCGGCCUUAUGUUCAUAAGAUUCUUGUCGUCAUCGAGCCAUUGCUCAUUGACCAAGACUACUAUGCUCGUGUUGAAGGUCGGGAAAUUAUUUCCAACCUUGCCAAGGCUGCUGGUCUCGCCACUAUGAUUAGUACUAUGCGUCCCGAUAUCGACCAUGUUGAUGAGUAUGUGCGAAAUACUACUGCACGUGCAUUCGCCGUCGUAGCUUCUGCCCUUGGCAUCCCCGCACUGCUCCCAUUCCUCCGCGCCGUCUGUCGCAGCAAGAAGUCCUGGCAGGCCAGGCACACUGGUGUCAAGAUUGUUCAACAGAUUCCCAUUCUAAUGGGCUGCGCUAUUCUACCCCACCUGAAGGGCCUUGUCGAAUGUAUUUCAGACAACCUUAGCGAUGAGCAGGCCAAGGUUAGGACAGUCACCGCCUUGGCUGUUGCUGCUUUGGCUGAAGCUGCGAACCCCUACGGUAUCGAAAGCUUUGACGAUAUUCUGAACCCUCUCUGGACUGGCGCACGCAAGCAGCGUGGAAAGGGUCUAGCCGCUUUCCUGAAGGCUGUUGGAUACAUCAUUCCCCUGAUGGAUGAAGAAUAUAGUAACUACUACUGUUCACAGAUCAUGGAGAUUUUAAUCCGUGAGUUCUCAUCGCCAGACGAAGAGAUGAAGAAGGUGGUUUUGAAGGUGGUAUCCCAGUGUGCUAGCACAGAUGGUGUCACCGCCGGAUAUCUCAAGGAACAUGUCUUGACCGACUUCUUCAAGAGUUUCUGGGUGAGACGCAUGGCCCUUGAUCGCCGAAACUACCGUCAAGUGGUAGAUACCACUGUUGAUCUGGGCCAAAAGGUCGGUGUUGGCGAGAUCCUAGAGCGGGUUGUCAACAACCUGAAGGAUGAAAACGAGUAUUACCGCAAAAUGACUGUGGAGACCAUCGAGAAACUAAUUGCCUCGUUGGGCGCUGCCGAUAUCUCCGAGCGAUUGGAGGAGCGACUUAUCGAUGGUGUUCUUUAUACGUUCCAGGAACAGAGCACCGAGGACAUUGUCAUUCUCAAUGGUUUCGGUACUGUGGUUAACGCCCUUGGCACUCGUUGUAAGCCAUACCUUCCCCAGAUUGUCAGUACUAUUCUCUGGCGCCUGAACAACAAAUCUGCCACCGUUCGACAGCAAGCAGCCGAUCUCAUUUCUCGCAUCGCGAUGGUCAUGAAGCAGUGUGGCGAAGACGCUCUCAUGGGCAAGCUUGGUGUGGUGCUCUACGAAUACCUGGGUGAAGAAUACCCUGAGGUCCUGGGUUCCAUCCUCGGUGCCCUGCGGUCCAUCGUCACUGUGGUCGGUAUCAACCAGAUGCAGCCGCCAAUCCGUGACCUCCUCCCCCGCCUGACACCCAUUCUCCGUAACCGUCAUGAGAAGGUGCAAGAGAAUACCAUCGAUCUGGUUGGUCGUAUCGCCGACCGUGGACCCGAAUCCGUCAACGCUCGUGAAUGGAUGCGAAUUUGCUUCGAGCUGCUGGAUAUGCUCAAGGCUCACAAGAAGGGUAUUCGUCGUGCGGCCAAUAACACCUUCGGUUUCAUCGCCAAGGCCAUUGGUCCCCAAGAUGUUCUUGCUACCCUCCUUAACAACCUUCGAGUGCAAGAGCGUCAGUCUCGUGUUUGUACCGCUGUCGCGAUUGGUAUUGUUGCCGAAACUUGUGCUCCCUUCACAGUGCUUCCCGCCCUGAUGAAUGAGUACCGCGUUCCUGAGCUUAACGUGCAGAAUGGUGUUCUCAAGGCCAUGUCCUUCUUAUUCGAAUACAUUGGCGAGAUGGCCAAAGACUACGUUUAUGCUGUUACUCCCUUGCUUGAGGACGCCCUCGUCGAUCGCGACCAAGUUCACAGACAAACGGCCGCUAGUGUGGUCAAGCAUAUUGCGUUGGGUGUUGUUGGUCUUGGCUGCGAGGAUGCUAUGGUUCACCUUCUCAACCUUGUCUUCCCCAACAUCUUUGAGACGAGCCCUCACGUCAUUGAUCGUAUCAUUGAAGCCAUCGAUGCGAUCCGCAUGGCCGUUGGUUCCGGCACCGUUAUGAAUUACGUCUGGGCUGGAUUAUUCCAUCCUGCUCGCAAGGUUCGCGUGCCAUAUUGGCGAUUGUACAACGAUGCAUAUGUGCAGGCGGCCGAUGCGAUGGUCCCGUACUAUCCCAUCGUGGAGGAUGAUGGCCUGGAUCGACCGGAGUUGUUUAUCAUCGUCUAA